AUGGAACCCGGGGAGCCCCGGGAGCCCCGCGAGCCCGGGCCCGGGGCAGAGACCGCCGCGGCCCCGCGCUGGGAGGAAGCCAAGACUUUCUACGACAACCUCGCGCCCAAGAAGAAACCCAAAUCGCCCAAGCCUCAGAAUGCAGUCACCAUUGCUGUGUCCUCCCGAGCCCUGUUCCGCAUGGAUGAGGAGCAGCGCAUCUACACGGAGCAGGGCGUGGAGGAGUACGUGCGCUACCAGCUGGAACACGAGAACGAGCCCUUCAGCCCCGGGCCGGCCUUCCCCUUCGUGAAGGCUCUGGAGGCUGUGAACAGGCGGCUGCGGGAGCUCUACCCUGAGAGUGAGGACCUCUUCGACAUUGUCCUCGUGACCAACAACCACGCUCAAGUGGGCGUCCGUCUCAUCAACAGCAUCAACCACUAUGACCUGUCCAUUGAGAGGUUCUGCAUGACAGGCGGGAAUAGCCCCAUCUGCUACCUCAAGGCCUAUCACACCAACCUCUACUUGUCAGCAGAUGCAGAAAAAGUGCAGGAAGCCAUCGAUGAAGGGAUCGCAGCCGCCACCAUCUUCAGCCCCAGCAGGGACGUGGCAGUAUCCCAGAAUCAGCUGCGGGUGGCCUUCGACGGGGAUGCUGUGCUCUUCUCGGACGAGUCGGAGCGCAUCGUGAAGGCCCACGGGCUGGACAGUUUCUUCGAGCAUGAGAAGGCCCACGAGAACAAACCUUUGGCCCAGGGACCCUUAAAGGGUUUUCUGGAGGCACUGGGUAGGCUGCAGAAGAAGUUCUACUCCAAGGGCCUGCGGCUGGAGUGUCCAAUCCGCACCUACUUGGUGACGGCACGCAGUGCAGCCAGUUCAGGGGCCCGGGCUCUCAAGACCCUGCGUAGCUGGGGCCUGGAGACGGAUGAGGCCUUGUUCCUUGCGGGAGCGCCCAAGGGCCCCCUCCUGGAGAAGAUCCGCCCGCAUAUCUUCUUUGACGACCAGAUGUUCCACGUGGCUGGGGCUCAGGAGAUGGGCACAGUGGCCGCCCACGUGCCUUACGGUGUGGCGCAGACGCCCCGGCGGACUGCACCCACGAAGCAGGCCCCGUCUGCACAGGAGCUGAGCCGCUAGCUUUGCUGACACGCAUUGCUCCAGUCUCAGCUUCCUGUCAUACAUGUGACCCAGUGGACCCCCUAGUUCCUCACCUCUGUACCCUUAUGCAUGUCACCCUCAUCCCUGCGAGUGAGGUACUUGUAGGAAAUUAUGCAGACGGGGCCGGCAUCCUCACCAACCCUUCUUUUGGGCAAACACUGUGCUGUGAUCCUGGCUCGGAACAUAAGACUGUGCAGAAUAGCUGGGCUUCAGGGCGGAGUUGAUGAGACUGAGGGUAGGAGGGUCAGAGCAGCCAGGAUGCCUCAGAAGGGGUUUAUGAAACUAGCUCAGUGUAGUACAAAGAACACUGCUUUGAGAGAGCUGGGAUCUAGCUUCUAAGCUCUGUCCUGGCAUUAAGUGCAUGACUGUAAGUUGCCUUGCAAAGGAUUCCAGGAUGAGGUGACCUCCCCCUGCGGUGCACUGGUGAACUCUCCAUCCUUGCAGGAGCCCCUGCAGCCCCUUUGUCACCAUUUCCUGGGGAGAACUCUCACUGCUUGAUGAGUCAGUUUCCCCAUCUUUUAGGUAGUUUUCAAACUCUCCUUUAGCUAAAGAAGUUUGGAUUUAUAAGAUUGCCCUCUUUGAAGGAAGCAUUCUGUGUCAGGGCUGCUCCUGAUAUAUAUGGCACCUCUGUACAAAUUAUAGAAGGACGCUGUCUCUAGAAUGAAUUAUGAAAAGAUGGCCCUUUGUCUGGGCUGACCAGGCUGGGGUACACAGCUUGGUCAGCAGGAUAUAGGCUGGAUUUUGGCCCCCACCGGCUCCUCCGCCCAGAGGCCUUUGUCACAUGGGCGAAGCACAUCCACAGCAACCUUCCCUAUAACUUUACACGUUUGGAAACCACUGGACGAGAUGACUUGUUGCUUCCUGCGAUGCCCUAAUCUGAGUCAUGGAGGGUCAGCUGCCAGGUGCAGGGUUUGUGGAAGGAGGGGGUGAAUUUAACCUGCAUGCAAACUCUCCUCCGGCCAGCAGGGGGCACUGCAGGCUCUCCCUGGGAAGGAGUUUAAAAGGCCUGCUCAGUGCUCCAUUUGCUUUUGCUUUUUAGCCAAAGUUAAUUUGUUCCUGCCUGCCGACCCCUUCACCUCAACUCUCACUGCCUCAAUGAUUGUAUCCUGCUCUUCUGCCAAGCAGCCCUGCUGGAGGGGGAAGAGGUGGAGAAUUGGUGUUUCCUGUUGUGAGCUCAAGUGCUGGGGGAGAAAGUUUAGGGGCUGAAGUGGGAGGUAGUCUAGGCUGAGCCCAAGGAAAGGCCUGCCUGGAGUGAUAUAGGAAGUGUGGGGAGGUCAGGUCUGAUGCAGUGACUGGUUAGAGAGGAAAGAGCUGAAAUGGGGACCAGCAAGAUUCUCCAGCUAUGGGAUUGUAAGUGGAGGUGGUGAGCUCUCUGUCACUUAGAUGCUGUGCAAGGGACUCUGGGAUGAGGUGACCUCCCCCUGCGGUGCACUGGUAAACUCUCCAUCCUUGCAGGAGCCCCUGCAGCCCCUUUGCCACCACUUCCGGGGGAGAACUCUCACUGCUUGGCGAAUCAGCCUCCUCCUUUGCUGACCAGCCCAGCUCUCUCCAGAGGGGGGGUGGGCGCUCCGAUUGCUGGUCCCUCAGGAAGGCCCAAAAGGGGUGAGCAGACGUCAGUAGUGGGGAUUGAUUGCCCAGCUCCCUGGGGGAAUCCCAGCCGUGAGCAAGCACUUUAUGAAGAAUUCCAAAGGUAUCACCGGAGGUGUGUGCAGGGGCGCUGGAACGUUUCUGGGGGCAGGAAAAGGGGUGACAGGCCACGUGGGGCCUCAUCUUUAUCCUUUUGAGGACUCAGCCCAGGGUCCGGAUGGGCACAGGUUCUGGGAAGUGUAGGGCAGGGUAGUCGUGACAGAAAGAUAAGCCAGAAAGGAGAACAAAGUGAGAGGACUGAGGCAGUUCUGGAACUGUUGUUCUGAGCAACAGUUUGCGUGAGAAGAGAGUCCUGGGCUGGGCUUUUCCUGUCAGUGCUGGAGCAGCCGAGAGGUUGGCCGUGGGGAGGAAGGGCACGGCGGUGCUGGGUGGCUGGGCAGAGGCGGCACCUCAUCAGAGGACAGGCAGAUGAUGAGGACGUCCUUGCGCAAGGUCAUUUCCAUCAACAGCCAGGAUCCUCCUGGCCAACAGAGAGGCCUCAGGGCAGAGGGCCUGGUUUGGAGCUCUUUCCUCUGCCGAAGCUCCAAGCCCAGCCAGAGACCUAAGGACAGCCUCGAGGAAAUAAAAAGGAAGUGAGAGAAGGAACUCAACCCCCGUCACCUUUGAUCUUGGCCGAAGCACACAAAGACCUUCUGCCUUCCGUCCCUCUGGGGUCAGAAUCACCACUUGGGUGAGCCUCCAGGGCUCACAGAGCCAGCUGGUAGCCGUAAGAUGCCUGCAAGGCUGGGCGCAGCCGAGGCUUACUGCAUGGCACUAGGCUGUGUGACUAGGGUGGUCACAUUCACUGUGAGGGCGGCACCAGAUGUCACCUAAUUAAGAUGCACCCCAGGGGUCCUGCGACCAAGAGGUCCUGCCCCCAGGGCCUCACAAUAAACACCACUGAUACUUCUAGGUCUCUCAGGAAGCUGGAGAAUAUGAUGUGCGAAGCAGCAAGAUAAGGUGCAGUAAAAGCUGUCUAUUUCACUGCAGCACCGCUAAUAGCCAUAGACAGCCCUGGGCAAUGAGAGAUGCUAGGGUCCAAAUUCUAUUAUUGAAACCAUAAAUGAGCAUUUCAGGCCUGGAAAAAAGCUUUCAGUGGCUUGAAUAAAAGGCCAGAAGUCCUGGGGGCAGGCUUAGGCAGCUGCCAGACACACCUUCUGAUUGUUUCAAGUGAUGAGGAAGCGUCCUGAAGAGAAGAACAUCGUUUAUUGUAUCAGCAGGCAAAUUAAAAAGCCAUGCGAGCGCCAAAGCCCCAGGCCCAACCAUGGACGGCCGCCCUGGGUCAGAGAGGCCACAGCUCCUGACGUGCGGACCCGUUGUAGCCAGAAGCACAGCACCCCCACAACUCCUGCAGAACACAUCCCAGGAAAUUCUUGCCAACCAAGUCCCAGACCCAAUGGAAACUGCCACUUAGAAAAAUAGAAGCCCUGUUACUAUGCACGGAGACUGCCAAGGUCUCUGCAAAAUAGCCCUCUCCGCUUUCUGAGAACCCAAUCAGAAUGAUGGGGAUGUAGCAGAAGACGCCAGAGGAAGUUGAAACCAGCAAGAAGUUUAAAUCCAAAAUGGAUCUAGCAUUAUAACGAUAUUCAACUGGUGUGCACCAGUCCAGCCAAGCUGGUGGUAAAAACAUUGAAAUGCCUCCCUAACAGUUGUAAACAGUGCUGGCCUGAGCCCCUGAGUUCCCUCUCCCCAUGGUCUCAGCUGCCCUGGCCCCUCCAUUUUCCCAUGAUCCAGCAAAAAGGGGCUCUGGGAGUCUGUGCCAGCAUGAUGGCCAGUGUCCACUCUGUUUGGUGGUCCCCCAGCUAUGCUGGCUUAGAGAGGUAAAGUAAACUGCCCGAAGUCACACAGCUGGUAAAAGUGGCAGCAGGAGGACUCAAGCUCAUGUCUGUCUGGUGCUGGGACUCAGGCUCUUAACUCUUUGCCAUAUGGCCCAUACGUGUUCAUAGACGUGGCAAGAGAAACUUCAUAGCAAAGGUGUUCACCUGACAGUCUGUUAACAUGUCAACCCCCUGCAUGUUAAAAUAGACUUGCGUGGGUGCAUCUUUGUUAUGGCUUCCUAAAUAGCUAAGAAGAAUUUAAACAAGGGCCAAACAUUUGCACGUCUUCUGAAGCACCUCCAGACAACCCCAAGCUCUGUGGAACCCAGUUUGUAUUGGGCUCACGCUGGAUUUGGCAAACUUCGGCACCGUGGGCCAAAUCUAGCCCACCAUUUGUUU